GAGAUCCCGCGAAAGAUCCUCCACGUCUCCAUUGGCUUCGUAACCCUCUAUCUCUACACUACCGGCCGCCAACCCACCUCAAUUCACCCUGUCCUUCUCACUCUGCUCAUCCCCAUCGCCGCAACUGACGUCAUCCGCCACAACUACCCCUCGGUGAACCGCUUCUACAUCCGCUGCUUGGGCGCCCUAAUGCGCGAAUCCGAAGUCGAUGGCUGGAACGGCACCAUAUCCUAUCUCCUCGGUGCAUACCUCGUACUCCUACUCCUCCCCAAAGACAUCGGCGUCAUGAGCAUCCUCCUUCUCUCCUGGUGCGACACCGCCGCAUCAACCUUCGGCCGCCUAUGGGGCAAAUACACCCCGCAAGUCCGCCGCGGAAAGAGUCUCGCGGGUAGCAUUGCGGCCUUCAUCACCGGUAUCGCCACCGCAGGGCUCUUCUGGGGCGUCAUCUCGCACUACACGCCCGCCGAGUACGACACCGGCCGCUACGCGUUCGCAUUUCAGGGCGCGCUCGUGCUUCCAGGACAGGUCCGGGAGCUGCUCGGUGUGUCCAAGGAGGUGGUCACCAUCUCAGGCGGUCUCGCACUCGGCGUCAUGAGCAUCUGGGCCGGUCUCGUGGGCAGCGUGAGCGAGGCAAUCGAUCUGUUUGGCUGGGACGACAACGUGACCAUUCCGGUGCUGUGUGGGGCCGGUCUGUGGGCCUUUUUGCGCACUUUUGGCCACGGAUAA